AUGUCUCAAUUACCUCCUGAUCAUGUCGACGCACCAGUCCCAGUGAAAUCGGGCGACGUCGAAAAAUACGAAGAAAAUGGACUCCCCCAAAAUGACGUUCAGAGAAAGCAAUCCGCCUUCAAAAACCUGGGUCUACUUGACCGCUUUCUUGCAGUAUGGAUUUUCCUCGCAAUGGUCAUUGGAAUUUUGCUGGGAAAUUUUGUCUCCAAUACCGGGCCUGCGUUGCAAAAGGGGAAGUUCGUUGGCGUGUCUGUUCCUAUCGCUGUCGGUCUUCUUGUCAUGAUGUAUCCUAUCUUAUGCAAGGUUCGAUAUGAGAGUCUGCAUCAUGUAUUCCGGGAACGUGAGAUUUGGAGACAAAUCGCUUUUAGUAUAUUUGUCAACUGGAUUAUAGCGCCGUUCUUUAUGCUUGGGUUGGCCUGGGCAUUUCUCCCUGAUCAGCCUGAGCUGCGAGAGGGGUUAAUUCUUGUUGGAUUAGCCCGGUGUAUUGCUAUGGUCUUGAUCUGGACCGGCCUAGCGGGAGGCGACAACGAAUACUGCGCCAUCCUCGUCGCCAUCAACUCAAUGCUUCAAAUGGUCCUCUUCGCUCCUCUAGCAGUCUUCUUCAUCGCCGUUAUCAGCAACGAUCCCAUCGACUUCGACUAUUCGACUGCUGCCAAAAGCGUUGCUGUCUUUCUUGGUAUCCCUCUCGGUGCCGCAAUAAUAACGCGAUUCACUAUCCGAAAAGUUGCCGGCCCAAGAUGGUACGAUGAAGUCUUCGUCAAAUGGGCCAGCCCUUGGUCUUUGAUCGGCCUUCUUUUCACGAUCUUGGUCCUCUUCGCCUCCCAGGGCCACCAGGUCGUGCACCAAAUCGUCUCCGUCAUCCGCGUUGCAGCACCACUGAUCGUUUACUUCGCUGUGAUAUUCUUCGCUACUUUGCUCGUCACAUACAAACUCGGAUUCGGAUAUAAAUUAGCCGCAACGCAGAGCUUUACUGCAGCCAGCAACAACUUUGAGCUGGCUAUUGCUGUUGCUGUUGCCACCUUUGGAGCUGAUAGUAACCAGGCUCUUGCGGCGACGGUGGGGCCGUUGAUUGAGGUUCCGGUGUUGUUGGGGCUUGUGUAUGGCGUGAGAGCCAUUGCGAACCGAUUGGGAUGGAAGGAUUGA